AACAACUUCCCAUAACACCACCACAAUGUCUUCUAUAGGACCCUCACUACCACCACAUCUUGCGAAACGCAAGCGUGAUGGCGAAUAUGACUCUAGAGAGUCACCCCAGCGCUCCUCCAGCUCCAUAUCCAGUGAAAAACGUCGCCGAGUCUUAGGUCCCGCAGCGCCUCCUUCGAAACCCUCACCCCCGCGCAUCCUCGGCCCUACACUACCCCCUUCAUCUACUCGCUCUUGCUCCGGAUCCAGCAGCUCAGACAGUGAGGUUGGUCCAGCACCACUCACUACCCCAAAAACGACCUACGGACCCACCGCUCCCCCCGCGCCCCUCUCUGAACGCCCUCUUAACUCUCCAUCCGAUGACUCAGACAGCAGUGACGAUGAAUUCGGUCCCGCGCCUCCUCCAGCCGGCGCAUCCCAUGCCACCUACCCCGACGAUGAAAAUCGGCUUACGGCGUCAGCAUUCGACACCGAUCCCAAGUACGCCGAACAAGCAAAGAAAGUGCAACGAGAUGAAUGGAUGACCAUGCCCCCAACCCAGGAUGAUCUAGCCGCACGCAUAGACCCCACAAAACUCCGCGCACGAAAGUUCAAUACCGGGAAAGGGCCCCGAGGCGGUAGUUCAAGCGGCAGGGAUAUGGGUGUCUGGACUGAGACCCCGGAGCAGAAGCUCAAGCGUUUGCAGAACGAAGCACUGGGUGUUUCUGCGCCCGCCAACUCGUCGAAUGAUGGCCAUGAGUCUAGGCGAACGAGGGAAGAAGAACGGAAAGCGCGAAAGAUCAAAGAGAAGCUUGAUGGGUUGAGGGGCAAGAGUUUGAUGGAGGAACAUAAGGAGAAAGGUGUGGGGAAGGAUAAGGAAGAUGAUCCGAGUAAGCGGGCUUUUGAUCGGGAGAAGGAUAUGGGUGUGGGUAUGAAGAUUAGUCAUAAGCAGAGGCAGGAGAUGCUGAGGAAAUCGAAGGGCUUUGGGGACAGGUUUUCUGGUGGUGGUUUCCUGUGAAACCCUUCAGAGGUGCAGAAUAAAGAUUGUCGAAUUAGAGGAUCAUCUGCAUUUCUGAAUGCAGGUAGCUACGUUGCAUCCGAGAAAGCACCUCAAUAACCUUCUGCAUAGAGGGACAGGUAGCGCCAGUAUCAACGAAGCCAUUAGCCACAGAGCAUAGGCAAAGAUCAGGUGGUAAAGAGUACAGGGCACAGGGCAAAGGGCAAAGAGCACAGAACAAAGAGAUGGCUGUUAGACGGUUUUGAAUGUCGGGUUGUCUAAAAUAUGACCUUGGCAAGAG